GAAAGUGUAGCGUGAAAAUAUCUUACUUACGAUAUUUUUUGAAAAUAUGCAGUGUUAAAUUUCAAUAAUCUGACCUAGUUUGUAAGUGAGAUAUUGAUAAUCUUUUCGAAAUGAAUAGCUUUGAUAUUGAAAUGAAUGAAAAAAUUGAAGAGCUCAACCGAAGCCAUGUUCACAUACGUGACAGGGACUACGUGAUUAACACAUUGAUGAAAAUGAUCAGUGAUGGGCCCAAUAAGUUACAAGUCUGUUCUGCCUUUGAUGCCACUAUAACCAAUUAUAAAGGCCCUUGCACCUAUAAUGUAUUAGAGGAGGGUGGUUUGCCUGAGGAUUACAAACUCAAGGCAUAUAAGAUCAGAGACAAGUAUUUCCCAAUUGAGACAGAUCCUAACAUGACUAUAGAAGAUAAAAUACCAUAUAUGAUUGAGUGGUGGACACAGGCACAUGAUCUGCUACUAAAAUACCCGUUAUCUAAAGAGAUGCUGCAUAAUAUGGUGGCAACAUCUACAGCAAUGUUGAGGGAUGGAUGUACAGAUUUCUUUGACAAACUACACAAGUGUGAUGUACCACUGCUCAUCUUCUCGGCUGGAGUUGGAGAUAUUAUACGGGAACUGAUCUCACAACAUUCAACAUUCUACAACAACAUGCAUGUUGUUUCAAAUGAUCUGGACUUCGAUGAAAAUGGCAAAAUGAUAGGAUUCAAAGGAGAAAUGAUCCAUGUCUUCAAUAAAAAUGAAAAUGCUGUCCAUGACUCGGACUAUUUUUCAAACCUUAGUCACUGUACGAAUGUUCUGCUUAUGGGAGAUUCACUAGGAGAUCUUCAAAUGGCAAAUGGUGCAGAAAAUGUAGAGGCUAAAUUGACUAUAGGAUUUCUUAAUACUAGGGUAGCCGACAGUCUUGAGUUGUAUAAAAGCAAGUACGAUAUUGUGAUCUGCGAGGACGAAUCCCUAGAUGUAGUCAACGCAAUUGUUAACAAAAUUAUAGCAACUGGCUGAGUUUUAGGUGUCAAAAUCUAUUUUUAGACAUUUGAAACUAUUUUUAGGAUAGUCUCCUCCACUGUGGACUAUGUGUUGAAAAAAAGUUUUCACCUUUCUAGAAGUAGAACAGUCUUUUGGGGAUGUGAAUGUAUUUGACAUUGGACUUUAUACAGAAAUUUGUUAAACAGUGUUGAUAAAAAGAGUAAAAGAUGUAAAUGUCAGAAUUUAUGUUAAAACGUUUUGAAAUUUUGAUCAAGAACAUAGAUGCAUGCCGUUUCUAUAAUUAUUUUACUCCCAAGAAAUAUGGAUUAAUGAUUGGGACAUCUGUACUACUUCUUGUAAUUUCUUGAAUAAAAGAAUGGGGGAACUAACUUGUGGAAUACAGUUACUGUUACUGCUAUGUUAAUGGUAAUACCUGUUGAGGAUUAGUUAUCUAAAGCUUGCUGUGAUGUUAUGUUAAAAAUUAGUGCCUCAACAAAACUUACGUUUUUCCAUUCCUGUAUUUAAAGUUCCAUACGGCUUUUAUGUUAAAAACAGAUAAAAGUGGCCAUCAAAACUGAUGUUAUACAUAAUUCUAAUAUGACUAACAAUGCUUUAAUCAUCACAAUGAUGUUAUGUUGACGUCACGUCAACGUGAUAUUUAGAUCCAUGUACGCAUCAAGAAAUAGCGCUUUCAAAUUUCAUGAAAUAUUUAACUUAAUUACAUGUUUUAAACGAAAUGUCACAUUGCACAAAUCUGUUGAUUAAUUUUCACAAAUACUGAGUUCGUUAUUCGCUUUGCUGAAUAAUUCGCAAUAAUUUUCGCCCGAACUGAACUCUGCCGCAAGAUCUAUUACCAUUUCCGGCCCUGACGUGUAUAAACAAAGACCUACUAUUGGCGCCAUGCUUGCGCGAAGAAACAGUUCCAUCAUAUUUGAUAUUAAUUGUACAAUAAAGAACAUAUUAGAAUCGAAAUAAUUUAUAGCAAAACAGUGCUUUAUCACUUUUUAUACACUCUGGCUGUUAUACGUCAUCUGAAAUAAUUUCACUCAGGCUGUGCCCUCUUGAAAUUAAUACGCCCGACGUAUAACCGCCCAUCGUGUAUAAAUAGUGAUAAAGCACUGUUUUGCUAUAAAUUAUUUCUUAACUACAUGGUUAGAAAAUCAUGACUUCCAAUAUUACACAUGAACUAAUUUUGCUAGAGCCAUAAAGGGAGGUAACCAAUAUUCAUACAUUUGACAAAUACAUUGGAAAACAAUGAUGGAAAAUAGUAUUUAACAAGAACCAGACAUUUUUGUGUUCAUAACAACAAUGUGGCGGCCAUGUUAUAAAUAAAGGCAUUAUGAGCCUUUGAUUUCUUAACUCAGGAAACAAACAUACAACAGAGGCUAGGGGUUAUAGUGCAUUUUAAAGGGAAGAAAAUCACUGCCUACAUCAUAAUGACAUGUAAUCAUUAUCAUUCCCUGUUUAUUUGUUAAGAAUAAGGACGCCAAAAGCAGGAUAUUAAGAGACUAUUCGUGGGGGACUAAAUUUCAUGGAUUUCAUAUUUGCGUCAAUUUCUAAAAUUAAAUCCCAACAAACAAUUGAAAUUCCCAUUUGUUAUAUCUUAAGAUAUGUUGAAAUACACAGAUUCAUAUUCCCACAAAAUAUCUGUUAUUAAAGUAUAACACAAUGCCUGAAAUAAUUGUUUUUCAUACAUGUAUUUUGUUGGUUGUUUAGAUUUACCAGUAUUAAACAUACCAGUACUUUGAUAUUUCUGAAGCAGGUUUUUUAAUGAAAAAAUGGAAGUGUUUUUGGAUAUAUUCCAACACUUUUCUUUUCCAUGAACUUUUGAUCUUAUGCAAAAGAAACAUUAUUUCAUUCCCAAACAAUAUGCAAAGAGGCAUAUAUAUUAUUUGUUAUUGUGGACCUCUUGUAUGGGGUUUAUUUUUUUAGUAUGUUGCACUGUAAAUCUUGUUAAUUUGUAACAAUUCUGUUAAUGUUUUGUAAAAUCUAAACUUUAAGUUAAAAACUUUCCUUUAACAGAAAUUUGACACUUUUUUCUUCAGAUAGCUAGUAAACUUGUUUUUAGCUGACCUGAGCACAAAGUUCUAAUGGUGAGGUUUUGGUAUGGUUGGAUGUGCCUAAUCCAUAUCAGCCGCGCCAUGAGAAAACCAACAUAGUGCUUUUGCGACCAGCCUUCCAAAGCCUAUUGCAAUUAGAGAAAUGUAUAGCGAACAGCAUAGGUCCUGACUAGACUGCAGAUGCGCAGGCUGGUCUGGAUCCAUGCUUGUCGCAAACGCGCUAUGUUGGUUUUCUCAUGGUGCGGCUCAUAUGUCUUUCCAUUCAUGUACUAUUUCUGUAAAAAGCAUUACCUAAACUCCAAAGCCAGUUUCAGCCAAACAUCACAGGCAUAUUCUGUGGGUGACCAUCUACCAAUUUUCUUUAAAUCAUUCUGUUUCAUUAAAAAAUGUAGCUGUCAGGUGGUGACAGGUUUUUCAUCAUACUUUAGUAGUGGGAAUUUUGAGUCUUCUUGUCAGAAAUGGUUUCCUUUUAAAAUAAUUCUACAGAAAUAUUUUUUGGGCGACCAUCUACCGAAUUCCUUCAGAUAAUUCCCAUGUAUUUAAACGCAUGUUCACAAGGGGGCUAGUGGCAUUUAUUCCUUUAAUGGCUUUGGAACUGUAAACUGUGAAAAAAUCAUCGCCAGACUUCAAACUGAUUUUACAGGAAUGUUCCUAGGGUGACUCCUUUAUACCAAAUUCCUUCAGAUCAUUCCGCUUUUAAUUAAAACAUGGCGGGGGGGGGGGGCAAGUUCUUUUUCAGGAAUGUGUUUAUGGUGGGAACUUUAGAAAACUUUUUGACAGAAACUGUUUGCACAAUUUCAAAUUUCUGAAUCACAUUUCCUCUUAAACUGAUCUUUACAGAACAUUUUCUUGGGUAAACAACUUCCAAGAUUAUUCAAAUGAUUAUGAAAAGAAAAUGUUGCUUUAAAAAUGUUAGUAAACAUGGCCACUACAACUAAAAGUAGAAAAAUCUUCAGUUAUCAUCUCUUAAUUGCUAGUCUGAUCUGGAAAUAAUUCCACGGAAAUGUUUCUUGCUUGACCUAUCAUAUUGAUAAAGUCAAUUGGUUUGUAAAAAAAGUGGCUCUUUCCCAGGUCUCAGGGUCCUGUCAGGGAGUCGGAAGUUUUCCAUAAAAGGCUAUAUAGGAAACUUUGAAAAUGUCCUUUGAAUCUGCAGGUCUGUUCUCAGAAUUUUUGGCAGGAAAGUUUCUCAGAUAAUUCUGUACCAAAAUUGUUUCCUGUUUGAGCUAUGAAACUCGGUGAGUGAUCUUGGGCCAUCAUGACCCAACAAUUUUCAGGAUGGAAAAGCUGUCCAUUGUAGUAUUCUGACUAGAACUUAAGGUGCUUGUGUACCUAAGAGCAGUCUGUUUGAUUGUGUUUGUAUCUUGAGGGAUUAAAUGGUUUUUCAAAGUGUAGUUAUAUAAAGAAAAUACAGUAGACUUUGAAAGCCAAUUACAUGUAUGUUUCACAAGAAGUUCUUGAAAAAGGACAGUUAAUUCUAAAAUUUGUUUAAUGUUAUUGUCCUUGUUUCAUGGAGAAAGCGGUAAUACAUUGUGUGUUGCUCUAAUACAAGUACUUAAUGAAAUCACAUUGAAAUAGUCCUAAACUUUCUUUGUCAUACUUUUUUCUCAUUCUUAAAAAUACACAGUGUACUAAAAGAAGUUAUGUUGAGGUAGAUUUUAAAACUUGCACAGGGAGGCAACUCAGGCAAGUGCUGUAUCUCAAAGAACAUCAUACCACAGCAUUACUUAUGUAGUAAAUCCCACUGCAAAGGUUUUAAGAUAUACCAGAAAUACAGUGGAUUUGAAAGGGAUGAAAUUUUUCUACUUUUGAAUUAUCCGAUGUAAGCUUUCUAGUGAAGAGGAAAGAAUAGCUAUAGUUAAGUUAUUUUGUUUUUCUUUCCUUUAUUAUUUUCUCAUUACUGGAAAAUUAGCAUUGAACAAGCUGUAUGUAGAGCAAAUCAUAAAAGAGACUGUAGUGCUACUAUUUCUUAACAAUGAUGUGCAGGUUACACUUUAUUAUGAUAAGCUAGUCUUUUAACAUUGAAGAAUUUUGUCAGUACAAUGUAUUUUCAAGAAAUAAAACAAUGUGUCACACAGAA